AUGAAACAUCCUUUGGAAGGAAUGGAAAACGCUUUCAUACCUGCAGGACAGCAUUUAUCCCGGGCUUCCCUUGCAAAGAUGUCCCCUGAACAGAGCAGAAUACUACGAAGAGUCCAUUUGGGGAGGCCUCCUUACGGACUGCUCCCGGAGCCGGAUAUGGUCAGUACACUCCACUUCUAUCAAGCCAUGCAGGCCGAAUACGAGUGCUCCGGGUUCUUCGUACACAGCCAGUGGACCAGCUUCGAUAACCCAGACGCCGUAUGCACUUUGAGAUUCUUCAAAAACAAACAGUGGGCCAAGCCGGUCGGUCCAAUCUUUCUGAUGAUUGGCGGCGAAUCACCAAGGCACCCUCGAUGGGUCGUCAACGAGAAUCUCACCUAUUUGAAAUGGGCAAAAACGUUCGGAGCAACGGUCUAUCUUCUAGAACACAGAUACUAUGGAGAGAGCAAUCUGAUCGGGUACGAGUCUAUC